AUGGCUCAUUUUCUAAGAGGAAAGCAGGCUGGAAUCCAGAAGGACCUGUCUGAGGGCUUGUCCGCCGACCUAUUCCAGCUCGACGACCUUGCUCGAUGCGGUGUCAACUCCCAGAUCAGUGUGAUUGCCUAUGAUCCAAUUCAGUCCCUCCUCGCCGUCGGCACCAACGAUACCCAGUUCGGAAGCGGCCAGAUCUAUGUAUUUGGACAAAGACGUGUUUUGGUGGUUUUUAAGUUUCCGCGCAAGGCAUCAGCCAAGUACCUUCAGUUUUGCUCCAACAAGCUGAUCAGUAUUGAUUCUAAAAAUGAGAUCACAAUCUACUCUCUUGAAACCCGAGCAGUCCUCACUUCGUAUGCUCCUCCAGGUCAUGCGACGGCACUCGCAACAGACCCAAGCCUGGACUACGCAUUCAUUGGACUUUCGAACGGUGAUGUGAUUGCAUACGAUCUUGACCGUGAAUCGUUGACACAAUAUAAAAUCUCAAACCUAUGGCAGUCCCAGAACUCGCGGUCACGAGUUUGCCCUGUAGUAUCAAUUGCAUUCUCCACCAGAGACAUUGGUAAGAUUCUAGUUGGCUACCCGGAAGGUGCAGCGACAUUCACUUUCAAACAAAAUCUCGCCCAAAAGUAUUUUGUCUACGAGGUUCCUGCUGGUGCUCCAGGUGGUGACCCCGAACAGCUCUCGAGUAGUGUGCGCAGGCCCAGACUUACGGAUGCUAUUUGGCACCCGAACGGAAUAUUUGCGUUGACUGUUCAUGAGGAUGGAAGUCUAGUUUUGUGGGAUACAAAGGACGGACGCAGGCUUCAUGCCAGGACACUGGAAGCUACCAACGUUGACCAAGUGGGUGGAGGCAGAUCUGAUCCAGCUGCUGGUGUAUUUUCUGGAGCUAAAAUGCCCAUCACCAAGGUAGUCUGGUGUGCUAAGGAUAAUCCUGACGAUACCGGUCUUCUUGUUGCUGGCGGAAAGAGCUCAGGUGACCCUAAGAAGGGCAUGACCUUCUUGGAUAUGGGCCCGACCCCCAAUUACGCGACAUCUUCAUGGCAGAUUCUAUCAACAUAUCUUGAGAGGCCACGUCGCCAUAUGAGCCUUCCAAUUCCACCCGGUGCCACCGCUAGCACCUUCUGUCCCAUCCCUCGCUCCUCACCUUAUUUUGCAGGCGCCCAUGAUCCAAUUGCCUUGCUCGCUGUUCUCACCUCAGGAGAAUUAAUCACAAUGAGCUUCCCUAGUGGCCAUGCAAUUACGCCAUCCAACAUGCUUCAUCCUUAUCUCUCCUUUGUCCACCCAUUUGUCAAUAAGGCUACGCUCACACCAGUCCAACGAGAGGUUUGGCUGGGACUGAGAGAGCGCAGAAUGCAGGGGCCUAAAUUCGUGACUGGGGGUGCAGAAGCAAGUAAUCCCCUCAAGCGCUUUGAAAGUAGAAAUAUAAUUACCACUGCACAUGCGGAUGGAACUAUCCGCAUUUGGGAUGCUGGCCAUGAUGAUGAAAUUGAAAAUGGCGAGGUUGUCCAAGUGGAUCUUGCUAGAGCCGUUGGACGAGUUGGCAAUGUUGAAGUGACCGAGAUGUCUCUCGCGAGCGGAACAGGUGAAUUAUCGGUUGGCCUUAGAAGCGGAGAGCUUGUUGUCUUCAGAUGGGGGAACAAUGCCAACUCAGGAGCUGAGGAACCAGCCGGCACUAACUUAGGUCCUGGAAACCUGACAGGUAUCACUCAUCGAAUUGAUCCCGGUUUGAGGACCGGCAUGUUGCCGCUGACCCUCUUGGAUAUGCAGCAGGGACCCGUGACAGCAGUGAAGCACAGUCCUGUGGGCUUUGUUGCUGCCGGAUUUGAGGGUGGUAGCUUAACCAUUAUUGACUUGCGAGGCCCUGCAAUUAUCCAUACUGCACAUCUUUCAGACUUCACCAAAGCUUCAAAACGGGGCAGCUUCCGGAAAUCCAACCCAUCCGAACAGGCUCGCACCGAAUGGCCUACUGUGAUUGAAUUCGGUGUGCUUACUCUGGAAGGCGAAGACUACUCGAGUAUUUGCUGCUUUGUCGGUACAAACACAGGAAAUGUCGCCACAUUCAAGAUCCUCCCUGGAGCAAAUGGGACCUACACAGCCUCAUAUGUGGGCGUCAACUCAGUUGAUGACAAAGUAAUUAAGCUCAUUCCCAUCAAUGCAGACUCUGGUAUGCAGGCUUUUGCUACGCCAAGUGCUGUCAGUAGCCUGAGAAACGGCAUCAAGACCAAUGGCGUUGUCAUUGCAGUCACAGUCUCUGGUUGCCGCGUCUUCAAACCCCCGACUGCUAAAGGUGCACACAAAACAUGGGAUGAUUAUCUCUGUGACUCGGCACAGGUCGUGAUAUCACCCCGGAGCACAGGCUGUAGCUUGGUUGGACUAUUUGGUGAUGGAAAUGUUCGAGCAUUUUCCAUUCCUGCGCUGAAAGAAAUUGGCUGUCGCAGGAUCAAUCAUAUUGCUGACAUGCGGCGAUUGACGAACGCAUGCAUUACACCAAGUGGUAGUGUGAUGACGUGGGUUGGCCCAUCGGAAUUGGGGCUCUUCAACGUUUGGGGAUCUGGAACUGAAUUGAGCCCUUCAGAAGAUCGACUUUAUGAUCCCACCAAAACGACACCAACACGCCCUACAAUCACUAAUGUCCAAUGGAUCUCUGGCACUCAAUAUGUGUCUCCGGCAGAUAUGGACUUGCUAAUCGGAGGUCCAGACCGCCCACCGUCCAAGCUAAUGGUCGAACAAAUGAGGUUGGAUGAAGAAGAGCGCCGCAAAGCACUUCGAGAAGGCCGUGCGCCGCCCCCAGAUCAAAGUCGUGACGAAGAGGGUUAUUGGUCUUACAUGUCGCGUCAAAUGCAAGAGCGCACGGAGCGUCUCGGUCUUGUCGGCGACUCAAUGGAUCGACUGGAAGAGAACAGCAGCAAUUUCGCUAACGAUGUUGGGAAAUUCGUCUCAUCUCAAAAGAAAAAGGCAGUUUUUGGCGUCCUGGGCUCCAAAUUUGGAUUCUAG